UGCUCAGUGGCUGAGCGUCGGCUUGAAGAGAGCGGAUUUCGCACUCAAGAUCUUACCAACGAGCUACGAGAAAAUCAAGACGUUCGCUUCCAUUUGGAAAGACAAGUCAAAACGCUGACAGAUAAUGUUGACCGACUUAAAUCCAAUGUUGAGCGAUUGCGGGAGGAGAAUGAAUUACUCAAGAAUAACAUCGAUCUGGCCAGUAAGGAUAAAACAAAACUGGAGGCACUAAUAGAAGACCUCACUGCAUCCAACCGUCAGCUUGUUAGGGAUCGCGAGGAUGUUACACAUCGACACAUGGUGGCUCGUGAAAGAAUUGCCGAAUUAGAAGCUGAUGUACGCUCGACCGAGGCUGAUUUGAAGCGCCAAACUGAAGCUGCAAGUAAGGAACAUCAAACGGUUGCAGACUUGCGAAGACAAAAUGAAACCAUGAGGCAGCGAUGCGACGACAUGGAUACUGAGUUGACGGAAACCAUGAACAAACACCGCAAUAUGGAGGAGCGAUUUCACCAAGUUGAAAUGAGGGCAAAUCAGCUGGAGAGGGAGCUACGCCUCGAACACGACGACUACCUUCAGGUCAGAUCUCGAUUGGAGGCUACAGAGGAACAAAGAGACGCAGAAGAGGCUAAUCGCAAACUCAUGGCUCAGCGUAUUUCUGACCUGGAGGCUCAAUUAACCUCUCAAUUGCUGGAAAUCAAGGAAACACGCAGCGCUCUCGAUGCGAAUGCUCGUGUGCUCGCUCGCAAAGAGGAACAGCUUAUGGCAAGCUUACCUUAUUUAUUUCCCUUUGCAAGUCAGGCAGCUGAGCAGUCACUGAGGGGUGAAUUGGCAGCCGCACAAAGCAGCUUGCGAGAAAGCAGGCGAGCACUGGACGGUGGAGAACAGGAGAGUGCUAGAAUCAGGGAUGAACUCUCGUCUGCCAUGAGGGAUCUUCAGCGUCUUCAAACUGAGCUUCAUGAGACUGCAGAUGAACGAGAGUCACUUAAAGCUCGAGCCGACAGCUACCUUUCGGAGUUGGCACGACAGGAGCGUCUACUGGGUGAAAGAGCAAGGGACCGCGACCUCCUUGCAGAGCAGUCACGCGCAGCGGCUGAAGACGCGGAUAUGUGGCGCACACGAUGGACGGAGGCCGAAGCAGCCGCGGCAACCGCGCGACUCCACAGUGACGAGAGCGCCGCUGAGGUGGUUCGCCUGCGGGAUCUCCUCGAGGCGCGGGAACGCGAGCUCUCCCAAUGCAAGACUGCUCUCGAAAAGGCUGAGAAUCAGAUUCAGAAUCUGAACCAGCAGGUAAGUGAGGCAACAGAGGCAGCGGGCCUAGCACGAGCAGAGGUAGAGGCACUGGCGGCGGAGGUGUCGCGAUUGCGUGACUCUUUGGUUCGGGCAGAAGCUGUGCGAAGUGCAAAGGAGCAUGAGGCUGUGCAAUUACGCGUAGAAGCGGAAGAUGCACGCGCAAAACUGCAAUCUACGGAGGCUGCACUUCUUCAAGCUAAUGAAAAUGCGGUCGCUGAACGUGAAAACGCACGCAAUGCUAGCCUUUUGCUCCAGUCAGCCCGCGAGAAGGAGCAUUCAGCCUCCAUAGAGGCCCAGGUAUGA